CCACCCUGCCGCAUCCUUCCUCUUCUAGGAAGCCCUAGAAUGGAGCACACCGCCUUGUCCCCUGCGGAGAUGCCGGCCGAUUCGAGCUACUGGGCCGAAUCGCAUAGAUCCGAUAUGUUGGAGUGGGUUGACAUGAAGGAGAAUUCCCAUGACGAUAUGCUGGUGGUACCGCCGGUAUCGAUAAUCCGGUACAGAGAUCUUCUUGAGAGAGCAUGGGGAUGGGAAAGGUUGCUGGCCAACCUUCAUGGUACUUUAGUUUGGCACGAAUAUAAAAGGUACGUUGAGGAGUAUUUGCAGCACAACGCUGCCAAAGUUGCUGCUGGCAAGGAUGCCCUGCCUGCUGCAGCCAAACGGUGUAUCGAGUUUGAGAAAAGGCUUAUCAGGAGCUGCGGUCUACUUCUCGGUCUUGAGGGCAUCUCCCUGAGCUCCCAGAUACAGAAACGUGCAAAUCUCGUCCAAUCUGACGAUGAAUACCCUGCUGCAGCUGCGGCCUUGCUGUGUAUCAGAAUGGAGGCUAGGUUGAUGUACGAGUUUGUGAGUCGUAGUUUUCAGAUCUCUGAAACGAUCUCCUUAAGCAGCAAGAUCCGGCGUUGUGCCUCAAAUCUUAUGCUCUACAAGGGUCCUGAAUCUGCCGUUGCUGCCGGUGUCAUGGUGGGUGUUGCAACAGAGGUUCAGAUCAUUCUUGACUCAGUAUAUAGUGGGAGCCCUAGUGUAGUCUUGGACUAUUUUGAUUCUCAUCACAUUCGUGGAAGGAUUGCAGCUUCUUUGACCAGACUUGAGCAAGAACUUGCUUGUAAUGCUGGUGUUGACACAACAGAGAAACCUAUAGGUACUGGUGGAGGUCUGGACUCUGAAGGAUCCAGUUAGAUGGGAAACUCUGGAAAGGAAAUGGAUGGCCAGGACGGUGAAAAGGGCAAUGAGAAGAUGAACAAGAACUUGAACGAUGAGACAGACUCUCCAGAGGAAGUUGGAGAGGACAAAAAGGAAGUCAAAGCUGCGGGAGAAGAGAUGUUGAAGGACUAUGAAAAUGGUACAAAGGGUGAAGCUGGCUUGACAGUUGUCAGCGAAAAGUGUGAAAGCCUUACUUCAGUGUAUGGAACAUAAGGUGGAGCUAAGAUCAAGCCACGUUAUGGAAUGCUGAUUGAGGUCAAAUGGAUGAAGCCACAAGCGGGAUGUACUUCCUACGAGGAUUUUGGAGUAAGCAUAAGGCUGCUUUUGGGCAGCAGAACCUAGUGCUGCUGUGGCUCCAAGAGUUUAGUCGUGUUAGAGAGUCCAGUCCAGUACUUUUAUGCCGCUUCGUCUCCUGUCAGUGAAUGUUUAGACAAAUUCUAAAUACCGAGUUGGCUCAUCAUGUGAACUGCAUGCGUACCCGGUUUAUCAUGCCCAGUUCUGUACCUCUGCAUUCCAUUUGCGUUGCUGCUUGGUAGAAGUAGAAUCCGUAUUGCUGUUUGGAACGAUGCCACAUUGCUUUUGGG